AUGUUUACUUACUUCAUUGCAGGCGUGCCGAAAUGUCAGGACUUCGGUCACGCCAAACUCGUUGCUGAAAAAUUAAGACUCUCUCUCCCCAGUUUCUCGUAUAAAAUCAUAGUAAAAACUGAAGAAGAAUAUCAAGGAUGGAUGAAUAAAUUUUGCCUUGAACAAAAAUGGAAAAUCAAUAAAAAUCCGUUAGUCUGGAAACGAGUACCCAUCUCAAACGGUUCCUGUCACUUGAUCGGUGGCAUUAACGAAUUUUUUGACCAUCUCAUAGAAUAUUAUAAUGUCGAUACACGUUUGGACAAACGAAUAAAAAAACAAAUAGCGCUGGAUAACGAAGAGAGACUGCCGUUUAUGUUGACUGAACAAAAACCCGUGUGCCGAGCUGUGGCGAGAAGGGUGUGCAUAACAGGCGCAGCUUAUCCGUCUACUUGUUACUUGGUUUCUGAGCUGUUACAGAUGAAACAACUCCAAGCUAAAGGUGGCGGCGGUAUUACGAUAUGCUUACACCACAAAGACUCGAAUAAUUACGGAGAUCUGAUACGAAUUAAAAACGAAAUUUGUGACGCCGAAUUUAAUGUUCGUGGUUGUAGCGUGGUAACGGUGGUCAACAGCGUCGAAGAAGGGCUGUUAAACUGCGAUUUGUUUAUUGUGAUAGGCAGCAUGCAAAGAGGAGAAAAUGAAGACCAAUACAUAUGGACGAACCGAAAUUUCACCGCUAUGAAGUGUUUGGCGUCAAUCCUCAACCGCCACUGUCCCGAACGCUGUAAGGUGCUGCUGAUGGGCAUGGAUCUAUUGUGUUUCAACCUAAGCGUUUUGGCUGAGAAUGCUGAAAAAGUUUAUUUGUACAACAUUGUUGGUGUGACCGGUCAUCACGGUAUGGUGAAGUUACCGUCCAUUUCACGGGUGACGAGCAUCCCAAUCCCAGAUCUCCAUUGUCCGCCAGUUUGGGGCUUCGACGGCUCGGCGGCACAAUACAUUGAUUUCCAUCAAACGAUCUACCAUUGCGGUAAAUCGGUAGCAAACCUUGGCAAACCGGAUUACUGCAAUUGCGAAGACGCGGCCACAGUAGUGCACAAUUAUUCAGCAGACCAAAACAAGCACAAACGCUUGCAAAGCGUAUUACUGCAGUCUGAGAGUUUGCAGACGCGAGGCGACGGCGAACACGGUGAAGUGAGCACAAGCAUUGAAUCAAAUACCAACGUAUUGUGUCACCUGUGUAGCUUGCCCGAAAUACGCGUGGCCGUGCGAAUGAUUUCGGAAUGGUACAAAAACGAUAGCUACGUAACCAUGAGCGCUGCAGUUUUUUCAGACGGAACGUUUGGCCUACCAUUUGGUUUAUUUAUAUCUCAGCCAGUUUGCAUGGAAAAUGGUGAAUGGAAACCAAAUUUUGACUUUCCAACUCCAGAUGAAACAAUCAUUAUUGACAUACUAUCCAAAGUAGCAGAAAUUGCAUUCGAUUAUAACCUCGGGAAAAGGUUUAAUGUUACGUAUCCUGCGAGAGAUUCGGGAAUGGAAAUAUUUGACGAAUAAUACGUGUAAAUUUUAUGGAAAUUAUAACUUAUUUUUUACUAAACUUUUAAAUGAUGACUAUUAAAUGCGGUGUAC